AUGUUUUGGCUAUUCUCGACGAGACCUCGCAAAACAGUUUACGCGAAUUGUGGUGAAUGCAAAAUCCAUUUGUUUACACGUCGCGUGAUACGAUUUAUUGCAGGGGUCUCCGUAACGGGAAGGCAAGGGAGGAGAAAAUUACCUUUUUUGGGUAAUUUGGGUUAUCAGGGAUACUGCAGAGGGUACAGCAUGUAUAAAAAUGAGCAUAUUGCAGGCAUUUUCAUGUUUGGAGCGCUGAUAACGCAGAUAUUCGUGCAUACCAUCAAGCUGAUGACUGGUUAUCAAAGACCGUACUUUCUGUCAUUAUGCAACGUUAAUAUGAGUAUGUGCACAGCACCCCUCGAGCAUUCUCCGUCACCGUCACCCGCGUUGGCAUGCAACUAUCGUAACGCUGAUGAUCUGCGCUAUGCGUGGUUAUCGUUCCCGUCACUCCAUGCUGCUUUCUCGUCAUAUUCAUGCGUUUUUGCAUCCCUUUACAUCUACUAUAUGAUCACACUGCGUGGAGCACCUUUGUUGAGACCAUUUCUGAUUUUUGGCUUUAUGGGCUUAACGUUAGUGGAUUCAUUUUCACGAAUCAAUGGUUACAAGAAUCAUUGGCGUGAUAUUUGGGUCGGUUGGCUGAUCGGCUUCUUCAUUGCUUUCUUUUUGUGUCAUUCGGUGCUUUGUUUCCAAGAGGUCUAUCAUGAGAUUGUUGAAAGAGUGAAUGUGAUCGAAGAACGACUCAGUCCGUUCUUCCAAUGGUUCAGGCUACCAAGAGUGCAUGCACCCUCCUUGAAAGAGGAAUACGUGUAA